GUCUAGGGUUGCACCACAGUGACUUCACACUCAGCAGCAUGUGCAGCUGAGGCCUCUGUGCAGCCGUCUCCCACAAGGCGGGCAGUGAGGUCAGCUUGGCAGCCGCUGCCUCUCUAACCCACUGCUGGCGCAGGCAGAGGUUCCCUGGGACCCCAGGAGGAGAUGGCUGAGCAAGAAGCCAGUGGGCUGCAGCUCCUGCUGCACACACUCCAGAGCUCCUCUGACAAGGAAUCCGUCCUGACCAUCCUCAAAGUCCUCGGAGACCUGCUCUCUGUGGGCACAGACCGGAGGAUGCACUACAUGAUCAGCAAGGGUGGCAGUGAGGCCCUGCUGCAGACCCUGGUGGACACGGCGAGGACGGCCCCUCCAGACUAUGACAUUCUCCUGCCUCUCUUCCGGCUGCUGGCCAAAGUUGGCCUAAGAGAUAAGAAGUUUGGCCAGAAGGCACUGGAACUGGAAGCGCUUGAUGUGACCUUGAUUCUGGCCAGGAAAAACCUGUGUGACAGCCAGAACCUCCUCCACUGUCUUUGGGCCUUGCGUGUGUUUGCCUCCAGUGUCACCACAGGAGCCAUGCUGGGAAUCAAUGGAGCAAUGGAACUGAUUUUUGAGAUCGUUACCCCUUAUAUCCGGAAGCGCACAAGAACAAUCAGGGUAGCCACUGAAGUUUUGGCAGCAUUGCUGAAAUCCAAGUCUAACAGCCGCAGGGCAGUGAACAGAGGCUACGUCACCAGCUUGCUCAGGCUGCAUCAGGACUGGCACAGCCAUGACACAGCCAACACGUACGUGCUGAUCCGCCGGGGCUUCCUGCUCUGCCUCAAGCACAUUGUCACCCUCCGGUCUGGCAGGGAGGCCUUCCUGGCAGCCCACGGCAUGGAGGUCCUCUUCAGCACAGCACAGACCUGCCUGGAGGACAAGAGCAUGGAGCCCAUCAUCUCCGAGGUGCUUCAGAUCCUGAGGCAAUGCUACCCUAAAAGUCCACUUCCUUUGGUCGCGGCCAGCAGUGCUUAUGCCUUCCUGGUCCCUGGGAUCAUCACCUCUGAACCUCCACGUGCUCUAACUGAAGAGGAUUUUGAAGAUGAAAGUGAUGAAGAGGUGGACAGAGGCUCAGAUUCUGAAGAGGUGAAGGAAGAAGAUGAUGACUUGGAAACAGAUGUGGACAAGCUGAGUUCCAAACCUGGUCUUGACCAACCUGAAGAGGAACUGAAGCAAUAUGAGAAAAUGUGUCAUGAGCUCUCCUGCAGCUUUGAGGAACCACAGUCCAAAUUUGGAGAUAAUUGGAACUUUGGAGAGAUUCAGUGUGCCAAUCACCAACACAUUCCAAUGGCUGCUGCCUCAAGGCAGCAUGGCUUCAAUAAAGACCAAGAAAGAGAAGACACAGUCCAGGCUUCCCUUCUGCGUGUGGUGAAGAUGGGGAGGUCCGCCAUGCACUUGGCCUCCAAAAAAGGGCCCAUAACAAACCUAUACUCAAAUGUACAAUCCAAUGGUCUUGGGAGGGAUUCUUCUGGAAAUAAAAUCCCCAACAAUCAGGCUUCCCUGAAAGAGCAGGCCUGGGACAUAGAUGCCAUGUUCUGCUCAAGGAUGAGUGCCGCCUUCUCCAAUUCAGCUAGGCCCAGAGAAACAGUGGACAUAAUGGAUAAGCUCCUGCAGACACAUCCCAAGCAUGUCCCCUUCCAUGACCCUUAUCUUUAUAUGGACAAAGCCCAAGGAACCAGCUCUGUGGUGGACUUCAAGAUGAUGGCAUUUCCUGACCUCUGGGGACACUGUCCACCUCCCUCUGCCCAGUGCAUGUUGGAACGCAAAUGUGGAGUCCAAAGGAUCAAGAUAUUAGAAGAUGUCCGGAGACUUAUCCAGCCAAGUGAUGUUAUAAAUAAAGUUGUCUUCAGUUUAGAUGAGCCUUGGCCUUUGCAAGAUACAGCUUCUAAUUGCUUGAGGUUCUUCUCCAAAUUUGAGUCAGGAAAUCUUCGCAAAGCCAUUCAAGUGCGAGAGUGUGAGUAUGAUUUGUUGCUCAACGCUGAUGUGAAUAGCACCCAGCACCAGCAGUGGUUCUAUUUUGAGGUGAGCGGGAUGCGUGCCGCCGUCCCUUACCGAUUCAACAUCAUCAACUGUGAGAAGCCCAACAGCCAGUUUAAUUACGGGAUGCAGCCAACCCUGUAUUCUGUGAAGGAGGCUCUUCUUGGCAGACCUACCUGGAUACGGACAGGCCACGAAAUCUGUUACUAUAAAAACCAUUACUACCAGAGUGCAGCUGCCACAGGUGGAACAUCUGGGAAGUAUUAUUAUAGCCUCACCUUUGCUGUCACCUUCCCGCAUAAUGAGGAUGUUUGCUACCUGGCCUACCACUAUCCCUACACCUACACAGCCCUCAUGACUCACCUGGAUAUCCUGGAAAAAAGUGUCAACCCCAAACAGGUCUACUUCCGGCAGGACGUUCUCUGCCAGACGUUGGGAGGGAAUCCGUGUCCACUGGUAACCAUCACAGCCAUGCCUGAGUCCAACAGCACUGACCAUUUAGAGCAGUUCCGACAUCGCCCAUAUCAGGUGAUCACUGCCCGAGUUCACCCAGGAGAGAGCAAUGCCAGCUGGGUGAUGAAGGGGGCCUUGGAGUUCCUGGUCAGUGGUGACCCUGUGGCUAAGCUCCUGAGGGAAAACUUCAUUUUCAAGAUCAUCCCUAUGCUCAACCCAGAUGGCGUCAUCAAUGGCAAUCACAGAUGCUCACUGAGAGGGGAAGAUCUGAACCGACAGUGGCUCUGUCCCUGUGCCCAUCUCCAGCCAACCAUCUACCACGCCAAAGGGCUCCUCCACUACCUCAGCAGCCUUGGCCGGAGUCCCGUGGUCUUCUGUGAUUUCCAUGGCCACUCCCAAAAGAAAAAUGUGUUCCUUUAUGGCUGUAGCAUUAAGGAGACCUUGUGGGAAGCAGAGUGCGCUGUGGGCACAUCUACUCUCUUGGAGGAUGUCAGCUACAGGACUCUUCCCAAAAUCCUUGAUAAGCUAGCGCCAGCGUUCACGAUGAGCAGCUGCAGUUUCCUGGUGGAGAGAUCCCGAGCCUCCACGGCCCGCGUGGUGGUGUGGAGAGAGAUGGGGGUGUCCAGAAGCUACACCAUGGAAAGCAGCUACUGUGGCUGCAACCGGGGCCCCUACCAGGGUCUGCAGUUUGGUACCCGGGAACUGGAGGAGAUGGGAGCCAUGUUCUGCUUGGGCCUCCUCAUUUUGGAACUCAAAUCUGCAAGCUGCAGCCAUCAGCUCCUGACUCACGCUGCGGCUUUGCUGAAUGAUGAGGAAGAGGCUCUGGACCACCACCUGCAGCGCAGAUGCGGCAGCAGCAGCAGCAGCAGCAGCUCCUCAGAAGCUGAUGAUGAGCCCCCCUGCAUGGAGGAGAUUGAUUACAGUGCAGACAGCAGCUCAGACCAGGCGGGGGGCUUCUCUGAGCUGGACCGGCAGAUCCACGAGUGUGCCAUCUAUAAGGACGAGGGAGACGGAGAAGAAGAGGGACCCAGGCGGGGAAGAGAAGCCAUCCCAUAGCCAUGAGGUUACAGGCAGCCCUGUGGCUCCAGCCGCUGGCCUAGCAGCUGAGAUGCUGCAUCUACACCAUCAGACACACUCAAUGUAUCCAUCAGGGAAAAAGCCCGUCUGCGUGAGCCCUGCAACCCCAUUUGUAGUUUGUUCUACUUUCACUGUGCCUAGAGGCUGGUUCUUUCAUAAUUAGAAUAUUUUACAUACAUCGAUAGUUAGGUGGCUCUCGGGGCCCACGCAAGCUGCCAUUGUGCUUGAGUGGGACUCCAUGGGUGGUCUCAGAAUGACCCUGGAUCCUCUCGAGAUCGUUCUGAGCUCUCUGUCUUUUAUCCCUGUGCUUGAAACUGCAGCAGACUAGCAGGUGAAGAGUUGAGCUUUCACAGUGGCUUCCCAGCCAGAGUUCUAAGUGGGCGUCUGAGUUGUUCCACAUAUGAGUGUUUUGUCCCCACCUACCCAGAGCAUUGGAGCUCCCUGCAACAAACUGUGAGUCCCACUGAAUAUCUGGGGACCCUGGCAGGGUCUUCAGGCACCAAGUACUGGAACAUGGAGAACUCUCCAACCAUGUAAUGACAAGUAUCAUCUUUGAUGGUCUUUAACGGUAUUAAUUUCUAGGCCAGAAGCCGUACUAGACUCUAGGGAAUAACCAUGGUCACUGGUCUCUACAGGUUUUAAGGUCCUGUGUAUUCAGGUCACUAAGCAUGAUGCUGGGAAGCUGGUGACAUACGGGAUAGUGUAGUCAUUUCAGAAUCAGAAGAGGUGCGAAUCGUUCAGUCUGGCAGUUGUUUCUUGUAAGAACUUAAGCAAGUAAUUAACCUCCCUAAACUUCAGUUUGCUUAUGCAUACCAUGAGGAAUCCAUAUAAAGUUACUUUAAGGAUGAAAUGAGAUAACAUAUAAAAAGUACAGCUGGGCAUUUGGCGAACAGCAACGUUGACUAAUGUUUCUCCAUAACACAAACAGAACCUGUUAUAUGUGUAUAAGUAUUCCCACAGUCUAAAGAAAAAGAAAUUCCCUGGGGUCACACAGUAGGGAAAUACUGAAAGGGAUGUGGGAAGGAGGUAAUGUAGGAGCAGAGCCUAGGAGGUUGGGAUGACUCACCACAGGUGGAAGUGGAGCAAGGCCUUUCAGCACACAAAGCUUGGAUGUUUGAACCCCGAAGUGUACGGGGCCUGUGCAGAAGGGAUGAGAAGGGGCGAGGAAGCAGAUGUAGAACGAGAGAUGAGCUGGAGUGGGCCAGGUCAAAUUUAGGUUUUUUUCAAUUGUGAUAUGUAUUUAGUUAGUAUUAGGCUGGGCUGUGAGGGUGGAAAACUCAUUACAGUAAUAGCUUGUAUAAGCUCUAAGCCUGUUUCUCUUUUCACGCGGCAGUUCCAGACAUAGAAAGACUAGCCCUGUGACAUGACUGUGUGGUGUUAGAGGCCCAGCUUCUCAUGGCCCAAGCUACUGUGGGGAAUUGUUCUGAAAAAUGUGUUCUUACCAAACUUAGAGCCAGAUGAGAUUACCCAAGAAUUCCAAGGAGUUGUCAGCCCUAGUGGGAAGUCAUUGUGGUUCAAAGUGUGCAGAGGAGGUGACACUGGGGCCAGGCCACACGUGUGCUGUCUUGCACCAGCGCUGUCUGCUUCCCAGCAUGACUGGGGGUCGUGGUGAUCUGCAGGUCUCCGGGCAGCCUGGAGCACCUUCUCUAAUGGACAGAGGUAAGGAGCUCUCUGUAUCUACCUUGGUAGAGAAGCGCCACGUGCCAUCCAUAACCCCACUAAGGGUGGAAACUGCUGGUCGUUCAUGACAAUUCCCUGUAGCAAGAGUAUUUUUGGCUCCACUUUUCGACAGAAGAAAGUCUAAAUUUCUCAACAGAUCUCUUCCUAGUCUGGCUCCAAUCUCCUCUCCAGACUCGUGUUCUGUUACUCUCCAGUCUCUUCAAUUUACUACGGGACAAACCUUCAUCUCCUCUCAGCACAUUUAUGCGGGGUGUGUGCCCACACACACACACAUGCACAGGCACACACACCAUUUCUUGAGCCACACAGCUCCAUAAAUGUCCUCUUUGAUUUUUCUAACCUUUUCACACAUUUUUCUUCCACCUCUGAUAAGUGUCCCCCAUUACCUCAUUUGGGGAUAUAUAGACCCCAUUCAAAUACAGGCAGUUCCCAAGUUAUAAACAUCCAACUUACGUGUAACUUGCACUUAUGAAUGGAGGCUAUGACAGGUAAUAGGCAAAUGUGCCUAUUCCACCUUACACACAAAUUUAACUGAAGAAUAAACAUACAGAACCUAUCUCAUUCAUAAAUCGGGAACUGCCUCUAAUAUUUUUCUGUAAAACUUGGCCUAAUCACCCAAGGCCAAGUUAUAUAAUCUCUCCUUCAUGUGUUACACUGCCUUUACAUCUGUUUUAUAGUAUGCUUACCAUUUUCUACCUGAUAUAUACACUUUUGAUAUCCCCACCCCCACUCACCAUUGAGUCGUGAGCUCUGUAACGCAUGCGCCUGCUAUUAUCUUGGCCUUUCUCCCUGCACCUAGCAUAUUUCCUGACACAUUGAAGAUGUUUAGAAAUGCGUCUUCCCCUCAUCUUCAAACCUAGACAUCCAUUGUCUCAAUAAAAUUCCAUACAUUUUCAUUGAAUCCGUUCAUUUUUCAUCUCAAAUAAGAGUUCACUAAAAGGGCCUUUAGCAUGUAUAUAGCCCAGUCUCUGAAGCCGGUGGUUGCCAUGGAAGACUGUACUCAGUGUGAGGCCAGCUUAACAAGGAGCAAAGUGGCCUUGUCCUAGCCUGUGCUGUGCAAACAUUUAGAUAGAGCAGUGAGAAUGGAGGACAACAGCUCUGAGGGCCCCUGGUGGCCACAACAUUCAUCCAGGUGUUCUGGCUCACAUGCUUAGUUUGGUGAGAAUUGGACAUGUGACUCCUUGUGUAUCGGGCCAACUUGGCUGCCCAGGUGCUUCUUGCAAUCUUGUCAGUGAGAAAUGGCAUCCAGGAACUCCAUCCAUUGGCUCAAGUUUCUUCUAGGCCUCCAGAAAAAGGAUUUAGAGCCACAAAGAACAUUUGCAAAUAACCUGCUCCCUGAGUUACAAGCUUGCAUUGAUGGCUGCCAACACAAGGUCAUGUUAUACCCCUAAGGGGAAGCAGCAUCCUUGCAUACAUCUUCCAUUUUAUCAGCCUGAAAAACUGAGCUGUAGAGUCAAUUUCAUGUUCCAAAAGGAAUCUCUGCCCUCUGCCAAGAGAGGGGCUUCCAUGAAAUGCCUGACAUAAGUCAUCCUUGUUAGGGACUCAGAACACUGAUCUGUGUUGUAGAUCUGAGCUUUUGGAUCUGCAUUACAAUGAUGGAUUUGGUUUUAUCCUGCAGGUAAAGAUCACUCCAGCUCCCCAAAGCCUCCACUCUUGGCAGGACACACAUAGGAGCCUGGUACUCACCAAGAACUGGGCAAAAAAUAAUUCAUCAGGUCCAAAGCUUGCUGCUGCCUUUCCGACAGAUGUCCUCUUUUGUUAGUGUUGCAUUCAGGUGUCAUGUGGCCGAAUCUUGAUAAAAAGUGAUCUUUAGAAAAAGAAGAGUGGUAUGAAAGGGAAUUUUGAGAUAAAAAUGGAUUCUAUUACAGCCUUUAAGUUCCUAAUAAUAAAAAAUGAUACAUGUAUAUACAACUGAAAAUCAUCUAUUACACACAUUCUAACACAAUGGAGCUGAAAUUAAGUUCCCUACUUACACACACGCACAUACACACACAACACACAUACAGAAGGCCCAGGGCUUUAAGCAAAAGAACAAAGGGUGAGGUUUAUCAUAAGACACAUGUUCAUAAGGGGGAGGGGUGGCUAUAGAAAGCAAGAUGGAAGCCUUUUGGGUAGAAGUUGAAGCUCAUUUCUCAUCAGCAUGUCACAGAACCUGGCCUUCAAGAGUAUUUAUUUUGGGCCCGAUCAGGUCACAGAGGGAAAUAGGUCUACUCCUCUUGGAAGAAAAUAUAAACUAUAAGAAAGUGACCCAGGGCGGCACCUGUGGCUCAGUCGGUAAGGUGCCGGCCCCAUAUACCGAGGGUGGCGGGUUCAAACCCAGCCCCGGCAGAACUGCAACAACAAAAAAAAUAGCCGGGUGUUGUG